UGCAUCUGAUUAUUGCAUUUAUUUGAUACAGUUUGAUAAGAAAAGAUGGUCAGAGUUAGUGUGCUGAAUGAUGCUCUCAAGAGCAUGUACAAUGCUGAAAAGAGGGGAAAGCGUCAGGUCAUGAUUAGACCUUCCUCAAAAGUCAUUAUCAAGUUCCUUAUUGUCAUGCAAAAGAAUGGUUACAUUUUAGAAUUUGAGUAUGUCGAUGAUCAUAGGUCUGGAAAGAUUGUUGUUGAACUGAAUGGAAGGCUAAACAAGUGUGGUGUUAUUAGUCCUCGCUUCGAUGUAGGAGUUAAGGAGAUUGAAGGAUGGACUUCUAGAUGGCUCCCUUCCCGGCAAUUUGGGUACAUUGUAUUGACUACCUCUGCUGGUAUUAUGGACCAUGAGGAGGCUCGGAGAAAGAAUGUUGGUGGAAAAGUUCUCGGUUUCUUUUAUUGAGUUUGUUAUGUUGACAAGGAUGAAAACUUUGGUUUUGUUGUUUGUUGGCUCUUUAUGGUAAAAUAGCUUCUUUUUUUUGUUUUUUGUUUCCUUCAAUUUUAAGUAGGGAUAUUAUGGAAAUUUUUGAGACAAUUAUGAGCGUUUGUUGAAGAGAGAUAUUGGUACUUUUUUGCCUGCAAGCUUUGUGCGGCGUGUGCUUCUUGUUAGAAUACAACUCUUUAUGAUCAAACCAGUAUAUGUUGGAAUCCUAGCUUACAUAUAUGUCUCUGUAAAGAAAGAUCUUCUAAGGGUAAAUUGAAAACUUCGA